UGCAGGUGUUGAGUUUGAGGUACUGGAGUAUCUCCAUCCCUCUUUCCAGAUACUCGAUUAUUUUUUCACUGGCACCUUCAUCUGACUUUCACUUCACAAUCAUUACAAUGAGCCAAGCGACUGUGCACUCCGGCGCAGGGAUCUCAGCCUUCAUAGCGGCACUUCCACCCAACAUCAAUGUCUACGAUGCCCUGAUCCCCUUUCUCUACAAGAAUGCUUCGGCGUGUAAUCCAAGGUGGAUGUCUUAUGUGCUGAUGGUAUUGCUCUUAACGCAUGUCACGUACGUUCUCUAUUCCUUUCGAUCACCAGUACACUCAAGAUUUGUGUUUCUCAAAAAUCGCCUGCCUUAUUCACCUCACGUAUUAAGCUCGUUGUUUCUGUCGCUAUGGGUUUUCAAGAAACAUAUACAGACGGGAAGCUACUGGUUCAUAAAAAGAUCGAAAAGUGGUCUUCUCAAGCCUGAUCGAGUGUUGUGGGAAUCGAUUGGAACUGCUACAUAUGCCGGGCUCAGCAUUGUCGACAUGUCUUGCCAAUUAUAUACUGAUAUCAAUGAAAUUCCAAUCCGCGGCAAACUUCUUCUCGAAUGGUACCGGUAUCCUAUAUGUGGAUUUAUGUUUUGGGGUGUCAUGUGGGGAACCAUUUCCAACCGCGUCCGCGCAAUGUGGGAUCCCACGUUUAGGGAAGAUCACGCGGCUGCUCAUUGUGGAAUGCCUAAGUGGGUAACAAACACACUCAAUGGAAGUUUUAUCAUCUUUGGCGUUUCAAUCCUUAUAGGUUUACCAGCCUUAUAUAUUCCGGUUUAUCUCGCCGAUAAUCGAAUUCUGGACAUUCUUGAUAAAGUAGCGGAUGGACUCAGAAUUGCUGCUUCUUCGUCGGAAGCUAAGAAUUUUUCGUGGAAUACACUGAACCCAAUACUAGACCCUUUAGCAAAAUUUCCACUUCUUUAUCAUAAACUUGCAGUAGCAUUCAAGCGAACCCACCGCGUCUUUGGAACACUCGAUUUUACAUUGAUAAUUACGUUUAUCAUCUUUGUCUUCUUGACUUAUAAACACCAUCAAGCUUUAGAGCAAAACGGAAGAUCGCUAGGGAUGGACACCAAUCCUGCGCGCCGCACAAGAAAAAUCUACCAAGAAGAGGUUAAAUCUAUCUUCAUCGAAGCAUUUUUUAUCUUGAUAUGGCAAAGCUCUUAUCUCCCAGUGUUUAUCUGGACGUUUUGUGCCACCUCUGAUGCUAAGCUUUUGCUUUCAUCGGCAUCGGUGAUCGUUCCUGAAUUGACGCUUGGGUUGGUGGCGUCUGUGGUUGCUAACAUUGUAAUGGGCCACAGGCUGGCCUCAAGUAAGCGGAUGCUAGCGUGUCAGGUGCUACCUACAAAUUCAACUUCGACACCAGAUGAAGACGGGAUCAAGCUCAGGGACAGAAUGUAUCAAGAGUAUAACAAAUACAACGCUUCUGGUAUAGGGUAUAUUAGUCAGAUGACUGAUCAUAGUUCGGCUGAGAAAACUUCUUCCGCACUAAGUGAGGCUACUUAAUCAAGUGUCCUAUUUCCGUGUCAUGAAUUGGGCGAGAUAGAUGAGAAUCUUGCAACACCUUCGCUUUCGAUGUAUGUUCAGCCUACGUGCACUCUAGCCAGCCGGCUACCCUCGUUCACUUGUUCAAUAUUUGUAUGAACACCAAGACCCUUCCUUACAUUCUAUGUUUUAAGUGCUUUGUCUUCCAACCCAUCGCACAACCUUUCCAUGUUAACUUAUUUUCGUAUAUCUUUCCAGACAAUAGCUUGCAUUACUUCAAACUCCGCUAUUCUAGAAAUGGACUUGUAUAUCACGUGGAACAUCUAUCACAUCCUUCAUACUUGUGAAAUGAAUUACGUUAACGAUGACUUGCUUUUGCAUACCAGCAAAUCACGACUACUGAGUUGCUUUUUGCUCGAAGCAGGCUUGGUUGAAAACUUAUUGAUGGUAUCACCAAAUUGGACUUUGCCUAUAAGGUUGAAAGUAAGCAAAAGACAUGGAUCUGACGGUGGCCCAAUAGGACCAGAUACAAGUCAGAUCAAUGAAUCUCAAGGUGCCGGUGCAAAGAUGUCUUGCUAAGCAAAAAAAUAAUCAGGCCAAGAGUGAUCUUGGCUUAUAAUUUAUUCAGUCUAAUAAUCAAUUUUUAUCGCUCCGACUCUUAGUUGGUACAUAGUGCUUCACAGACAAAACCCGUACACGCUGAAGGACUGUUUUAGUUUGUAUCUCGGUAGCUAUGUGAUACAACUCUAUGGCUUUGAGGCUGUGGGGCUCCUAACUUAACUAAGUCCCUCCUCCUCGCAGGCGUCCUCCGGAGCCUGCGGAGGAGGGACUUACGACUUAUCGAGUUGUUUCAGCCUGAGUAGAUUCCCAAAAUCCAGAUUUUCAAACAUUUGAAACUGGACCUACAUUAUUACCUUCAUCAUUGCUUUGUUGAAAAAUCUGAACAGACCAAAAAAUUCUCGCACAUCCUGUACAUAGUCUCAUCAACAUGAUCACAUUGGUUAAUAUGAUUCUUUUCCUUCAAUCAUCAGAUUGAAAUCUGUAACAAUU